AUGACAGUCAUCUCCACAGACUCACCAGAACCACCUUCAACCGUCAAGCUGGUGUUUGCUCUCUCGAGGGCGCCACGCUUCGACGUGGCUGGCCCGAUCGCCUGGAAGGCCUGGCACCGUGAGAGCGACAACGGUCGCUCACCCGUCUCGGUGACGUGGCUGCCCGACGACGCCGAUCUUCUCAAAUACAUGGAGAGCUCGGCGCCUUGGGACGAGCUAUUCGGCGAGCAUCCCGAGCUAGAGCACCUCUACAGAGCCGACUUCUGGGGCAUCGACGCCCUCUACCCCGAGAUCAUGGCCAAAGUCGAACGGCUUGACCACCGCUUGUCAUACCGUACUGUGCUACUCGGGGCAGACGAAGGCGAGGGCAAGGUUGGCCUUGCCGACGUCCUCCUAUGGGGAGUCAUUCGGGCCAACCACAUUUCGAGCGGCAUGAUCUUCAAUGAUCCUAGACGCACUCACCUUCUCCGUUGGUUCAAGUAUGUUGACGCGCAUCCCGCCCUGGAAGCCACGCGGAGAGCGUACAGAUUAGCAAAGAACAAGGUCGAGAAUGAACGGAGACGCCGGCGCUCAAGCGGUGGCAGCCUGGACGCCAUCCUCCCAGUCCCGGACGAGGGCAAGUUGGUCGUGCGUUUUGAGUGCUCAAGCACUACCUUCCUCCACGUUGGACAGCUCAAGGAGCUCCUGGUCAACCGACACUUUGCCGACAAGUACCACGGGCGCCUGAUCCUUCGCUUCGACGACCUGCGCCCUCUCCCCGAAGGAGGCGAGUUUGUUGACGACAUCAUUGCCGACCUAGGUGCCAUCGGCGUCAGCUUCUACAGGGCUGUACGCUCAACUGAGCACCUGGACGCCAUUAUCAACUAUGCGCGCCAGCUCAUCCGAAUGGGCUACGCGUACAUGUGCGAUACGACGUGGGGCCAGGCGGGUUAUGUGAAGCUCCCCCUGACGCCCAAUCCCCACCGCAACACUGGUGUCGACGUCAACCUGGAACGCUUCCACAUGAUGCUCACUGGCUCGGAGGAGGGGCGGCGCUGGGUUGCCCGUGCCCGCAUUGAUCCUGUCGCUGAGUCCAACGCGUUGCGGGAUCCCAUCAUCUUCCAGUGCCUCAAGUCAUACGUCGGUGACAAUAGUUCGGUAGCGGAGGCUUACCCCACUCACGGCUUUGCAAGCCCCAUCGUCGAUCAUCUUGACGGCGUGACCCAUGUUCUCCGCUCGGCGGAGCAUCUCGACCAGCGAGAGCAGUACAGGUGGUUUGCCGAGCGUUUGGGACUUCCCCAACUUGUCAUCUGCCAUUUGCCGCGCCUUGACAUCGAGUGCGGCCCAAGCUCACCGGCCGAGGUCCAGCAUCUCACUCACGAGGGACUGGUGCGCGGUUGGGAUGACCCCCGCGUCGCGAGCGUACGGGGCCUUUUGGCUCGUGGAAUGACUCCGGUGGCACUCAAGAAUCACAUCCUGGCCAUGAGCGACCUCAUCAUGGACGCUCACUUGUCAUGGGACGAGCUCUGGUACGCUAACCGGCGCGCAAUUGACCAUGUCGUUCCGCGGUACUGGGCGAUCUCGGAUCCCGGAACAAGCGUGGUGGCCAAGGUGGAGGGGAUCAACCGUGUUUCGACCGGCUCCAAGCCCCUCAACAAGCUGAACGCGGGAGUGGGCACCAAGCUGAUGGUGUACACAACCCACAUCCACCUCGAACAUGUUGAUGUGGCUUCGCUCGUGGAAGGAGAGGAGGUGAGCUCUGUUGCAGGUCUUCUCCUCACACAGAUCACUUUAAUGGACUUUGCGACGGCAGUGGUCACUUCGGUCGUCAAGUCAGAAUCGUCUCAGGGAGCGACAGUGAAGGGCCUCACGCUCACGAUCAACCCCCAGGGCAACCCCAAGCUCACCUCCAAGAGGUUCCACUGGCUGCCCGCGGCCACACCCACGGCGGCCCUGGGAGGAUCACUUACGCCUGUGGUGUUAGUCAAGUACCCGCGCCCGAGUAAAAUCGAGAGUUCAGAGGUCCGCACGCCCGCCCUCGCCUCGCCCCAAGUCAGCGAGAUGAAGAGGGGUGACAUUCUCCAGUUCGAGCGAAAGGGCUUCUACGUCUGCCAGGGGUAUGCCCGGGAGGGUGGCCUCGAGUUCACGGCAAUACCUGAGGGCCGUUCACCCCGCCGGCGUAGCUCAGCUUCGCCCAUGAGUUCGGGUUCCCCCAUGCUCGCAUGA